UCAACGCAAUGGUUUCCAGUCAACUAUACUUUUACCACCUUGUGGAACUGUUGAGGACCAGCAAUGCACUCAAGGAAUCUGCCCUUGGUAUGUACAUUUACACAAUAGCUCCUCUGAUUGUCUAUAUCAUGCGUGUCGUUCGGCACAUUCUGAGUAAUGGCGGGUUGAGCCGUUUUGUACGUAAACGUAUUAAUUACGCAAUCAUACCGUGGCCGCCCAACACACUUACAUUGUAGGGAGUGGUAAUGCGCCCUCGUAUAUCAGAUAACUUCUAUUGAAAAUUGAUUUUUUAUUCAUUAAUUACAAUGCUGAUCUCAAACCGAAAUCGCAUGCUCCAUAUAAAGCUUGGAAAUACUUUGGUGGUGCGUCCAGCAUGUGACGCACCAUUUUCAGAUCUGGAUGGACCUGAGGAUGCAAGUUUACUAUGGAGAAUGAAAGCAUGGAUUGAAGCUCGGCUCAGUGCAACGAAAUCCUGUCUCUCGGACAUUAUAAAAGCUCUGCUCAGUGCGACGAUAUCCUAUCUCUGGGACAUUAUAAAAGGUAUCCUUAAACAAUGGAUUUGGCGACUUGCUCGGGCUAUUCUCGGAUUCUUGGUUCUUGGUAUUUUGGGAGCAGUAGCAGGUUUGUUCAGAGUCAUCUUACUGCAGAGUAUUGAUUCGAUUCCAGUAUUGGACUCAAACCCAGGAAAUGGAUUUGCUGUGCUGGGGAAACUAUCUGAUUAUGGAGGUAUAAUGGAAGUCUGGACUGGAUUUGCUGUACAGUGGACGCUAACUAAUUAUGGACGUAUAGUGGAACUGUUGACUGGUGUUCUUGAAAAAUCGACUUGGCCAAUCAAUUGCUGUGGGCAUUCUCGGAUUCUGGUGUUUUGUAUUUCGAUAUCAGAACCAGGAUUUGCUGUGCAGUGGACGCUAACUAAUUAUGGACGUAUAGUGGAACUGUUGACUGGUGUUCUUGAAAAUCGAUUUGGCCAAUCGCUGGGUCAUUCUCGGAUUCUGGGUGUUUUGUAUUUCGGCAGCAGUAGCAGGGAGUCUGUUGUUCUACUGGGAGAUCGACAGGUACAAGUCUAUGGUUGGUGCCUUGAUUGGCUUGACGGAGAAAGAAAGGGAUAACUUGGUCUCAAAGAUUCAUAGAUUGAUUUGUUCGCCGAAGAAGGAGAAUCUCACAUGCUUCAUCACAACCCACUAUCGCAGAAAAAAGUUAUUACGUAUCCUGUUUGACUACACUGAACCUUCA